CAGGAAAAAUGUCAACAGUAAUGUCACACGUCACUGUUCUUUUAACACAAAGUUAGAUCUAUUUCGCAAAAAUACUUCUAUAAAUCUAUCAUUUUCUGUAAUAAUGGAGUUUAAAGUGUUUACUUUGAAUUGCUGGGGCCUUGCGGUGGUCUCCAAGAACCGAAGACACCGAAUGCAGGCAAUAGCUGAGAAGUUGGCGACUAGCCAGUACGAUGUAGUUUGCCUCCAAGAGAUAUGGCUUGACUCUGACUACCAGUUAAUCAGAAACAAAGUCUCAGGGGUGUUACCAUACUCUCACUAUUUUUACAGCGGAGUCACGGGCUCUGGCGUUUGUAUUUUAUCGCGACACCCGAUGGAGGACGUUUUUUUCCACCAAUGGCCAGUAAAUGGUUACAUUCAUAAAAUCCACCAUGGUGACUGGUUUGGUGGAAAGGGCGUGGGUUUAUGUAAAUUAAAGGUGAACAAUUACACCGUCAACGUCUACUCUGCACAUUUGCACGCAGAAUACGACCGAAAUUGUGAUGAAUACCAAGCUCACAGAGUGCUCCAAUCUUUCGAUACCGCUCAAUUUAUCCAAAUGACGUCUGGAGACGCCGACCUAGUAGUCCUGGCCGGGGACUUAAAUACCGAACCUGGAGAUUUAGCCUACAGGAUAAUGUUGAGUGUUCCGGGACUUGUAGAUGCGUUUGGUGAAGCUGGAGAAACGGUGCAGAAUUGUGUGGCGACAAAUGAAAGCCUCACUAAUAGUUACACACCCGUGGCCUUACUCAAGAAAAACAUUCCUGGCAAAAGAAUCGACUAUAUCAUGUAUCAUCCAGGCUCAAGUUUACAAAUCGAUUUAAAAAGCUACACAUUGCCGUUACCACACAAAAUCCCCGGAUGUGCGUACAGUUACUCGGACCAUGAAGCAAUCGCUGCGACUUUAAUCGUCACAAAGAGCGAGAUAAGGUCGCUGAAAAGCGACCAACACAUGAAGAAAACUGUCCUUGAAGAGAGCAUAGAAAUCUGUGAUGACGCACUCAGGGGCUUGAAUAACCAUAAAUAUUUGUACUGGUUUUUUACGUUCGUUUUAAUCGUGUUGCUGGUUACGACACUUGCAACUGACCUACCUUUCGGCUACAAUCUGAAUUUUAUUUACCACAUUUUGAAAAUUUUAAUCACCCUUUUUAUGUUUUACACUUUGAUGAUGGCAACUAUCUGGAAUAAAAUCGAACGUCAUGCUGUGAUUGCGGGCAAGUUGGGAAUGGAGACAGCUUUGAGGAAAUUAAAAGCCAAAGAUUUGUAAUUAUAUCAGGGCCAAAACAAGCUCAGUAUUUUAAAUCAAAGACCAACACCUGUUGCUCAUUUUUUAUUUGGUUUGUACGACUGUGAUCGUUUCUGUACCACUGGUGAAUAAAGUUUUCAUUUUUUAA